AGUACCUCCACACUGAUCAUCCAUAUGGACUUCACCACAUACUUUACGCCGCCGCAGGCUCAUUCAUACCCUCCUUAUAUGAGCGGUAUCCCAUUCUCACAACCCGACAAUGACACCUCCAAGCUCACAGUAAGUCAAGUCUCAAACGCCCUUGUCUCAUCACCAUAAAAAGCUUGGUCUCUGGAGAAAGCUUGGGUUGCCGUGCCACAUAGGCCCAUGGAUGAAACAUACACGAGAGAAUCACAGGAGCACAGCUUUGAUACUGGAAAACACUAUGCUAAGUCUUGCAGGACCCUAUUGACCCGUCAUUCUUAUCACAAGGCUAUGAUGCCUACCGUUAUGCCCCUUUCCACAACACAUCACCCAGCAGUCCUCAAGGCCCUACCGGCCAAGCACAUAUCCCGAGCGUCGACAGCAUCGACAGCGGCAUCGACAUCAUGGACGAAGCGCGGCGAGCAAGCCUGACGCGAGCCAGCAGCGAGGAGAAGGAGAUUCUCACCCCCGCGCAAUCGCGGCGGAAAGCACAGAACAGGGCAGCCCAACGAGCAUUCCGCGAGCGCAAAGAACGUCACGUGCGUGAUCUAGAAGCAAAGUUGUCCGCCCUCGAAUCGUCACAGCAGAGCCUGCAAUCCGAUAACGAACGCCUGAAGCUGGCUCUUCAGCGCGUGACCACCGAGAACGAGAUGCUGCGCGGCGUUACACCGAGCUCGACGCCAUCCUCGCUACGACUAUCGGCGGCGUCGCGCAAGUCUACGGGUGCGGCGGGCAUAUCGGGCGAUCUUGCCACGUUAGGUGUUGGGGACCGUGGGGAGUUGCUCGGUGCAGGCGCCGCGUGGGAUCUUAUACAAAGCCAUCCUCUGGUCGAGAAAGGUCUGGUCGACAUUGCGGAUGUCUGUGAGCGGCUCAAGGGAGUGGUCAAGUGCGAGGGGCAGGGGCCGGUAUACGAGGAGAGCCUUGUUUGGAGAGCUGUGGAAGAGAGCAAUAGGGGUGGUGGUGAUGAAUUGAUCUGACGAGCAAGCUAGCAGAAAGCGACACUCGAUUCAUGUACUAAUGGAUACACUCGCUGACUUCGGGGGGAGACUUCGGACAGCGUAAGGAAACCUCCACCGGGCACCCUCCCGCAGGACUGUAUGCUGUGCAUCGUCUUGUGGGGAUCUGCUUGAAGAGGAUUACAAGGUUCUCCUCAAUAGCAUGUUAUAUAUUUAAGCGCAUUCGGGCUGCUAGCCUGAUCAUUUCAGCGAGCAAGUUCAUGUCCAUUACAGCUGAUAAGAUACCUAUACCCCUAUCAAAAGCGACUUCUACAC